AUGUGGGAGAAGGCCGCCCCGCCACUCAUCUGGUCGACUGGGCGGAGAGAAAUUCCUGCCUUUGAGGAGGCCUUGAUGGCGGUGAGUCGGAUUCCGAGGAGGAGUCGACACCCUGUCCGCGCGACGAACCUCGUCAGACCCGCCUUCGAGGCCGGUGAGCUGCCGCCUCGCAUCACAUCCCUCGGCAAACUCACUGGCGCCUCACGCAAGCCCAGUCAUGCCGAGCUCAUCCAGGUCCUGCAGAUGCAGCAUGUGGCCGCAUGCCUCGAGCACAUGUUCUUCUACUCUGGCAAGAUGAUUUUUGGACAGUCCAAGUGGACCGGUCUUGUGCAUCCAGAUCCGCCCAACUCCAGCAUAACGGGUCCCAGCGACGAUGGAGCCGAACACGCUCGCCUGCUCUCCCAAUGGAAAGAAAACUUCCGGCGGGCCACCUACAGGCUCUUCCUCGCCGGCGCAGUCCUUGCACAUGCCUACCAUGAGCCCUUCUUCCGAUCCCUUGAGCAGGGCGAGAGGUACUUUUCAGAGCCCUCGACUCGCGAGUCUUGGGAACGGGACAAUGACUAUCUCGGCACCUUUGCUGUCUAUAAUCACGAGCUUCAGGGCGACAAGAACGCAGAAGCCUUUGGGCCCCUUUCUAGCUGGAUCGUAGAGACCGCGAGGACAGAAGCGUCUAGUCGAGGUUUCAUGCCGUACUGGAAGAGGCCAGCCUACCUGGCAGAAAGAUCCGAGGAAGAGGAGGAGGAAGAGGAUGACAAUGGCGAAGGACGUGAUGGUCCCUUGACCGACCAGGACGUUUUCCCCCUCUGGGAGCUUAUGCGCAUGUGGACAGCACAUGAGCUCGCGCAGAUCCGACUCGACUGGGGCAGGGGCACCAAUCAUCAUUCGCCGCACUCUGAAUGGAUGAGGCAUCUGGAGCCCUCUCAGGUACGGAUGGCCUCGGUCGUUCUGUUCGGCACCUUUCAGCUUACCGAGUUGACUAUGCCUGCUCGAGUCGAGGACACAGAACACACAGUACUCAUCGCGACCCCUGUGACUCCAUCGGACGCAGGAGGUCGCAGCACCAGCCCGACGACCUCUGUGCACGUACUUGACGGUCCGCCGCAGCCGUACUCGUGGAAUGUGCGAGAACGACUGGCCUGGAUGCCUCUACCCUCCGACCGUAGUGAGCAGGAUCCUGGCCCCGGUCUCGGUUGUAAGUUUUUCAGCUACAUUUUCGAGGUCUACUGGAGCAGAAGAUUCACGAACAUGGAUACGUAUUGGGCCAGUGCGCCGAUCCACGAGUUCGUCGCCGGAGCAGAAGCUUUCCCCGAGGGCGAUGACGGGCGGGAGAAUUACGGCUUUGGUUUUCUUGAGCGGAUUUAG